UGGCCCUACACUUCCUCGUGAAGGGCUGGUGGGGGAUUGAUAUAACUUUGCUUUUUAGAGAAUACGAGUUUGAUAAGGUGAACAACAUGGAGAUCGGAGACAAGAUAAAAGAGUUAAACAUGACGAAGGACGAAGUCGACAGGUUCUCAGCGGCCUUUAAAGACGAAAAGUUCAGAGGUUUGCUGCUCGAUUACGCCAAGGAAUUAUCCGACCCCGAAUGUAAGAAGAAGUACGAGGAGGAGAUCAAACUGCUGGAGGAGGAAAGGGGAAACGCCAUCGAGUUUAUCCAUCCACAGCCUUUCAGAGCGCUCAAAACGAGCGUCAACGGGAAACAGAAAUGCUUCGUCAACAUUUGCGCCAAUGAAAAGGUCGGUAAGUGUGAGUUUAAAUGGGGGGUAUCAGAUGAUGGCAAAAGAGGACAGCAUUGGUCUCUGCCCCACAGUCUGCACCCUGGGAGACCAGAGAGAGACCCCAAAGGAAACAAGUUCAUGAUCUAUGAUGUGAUCUUCCACCCGGACACUAUUCACAUGGCGAGCAAGAACAGAGAAUUUAUGGACAUGGUGGACAGCACCGCCAUUCAGGGAAUCCAAGACGGGUUUAAAGUACGACUGGAUCAGAACAACGUAAAAGUGCUGGCCACCAAGUAUAAGGGGACCCCCCAGCCCUCCGUGAUCCGGAAGCCCAUCCCCGGCUACCAGACUGAAGACCCCCCGGCGAGUCCAGACCCUCUGGCCUUCCCCUUCCCCUAUAAAGACCCUCCCAGCGGAGCCGCAAACCAGCCUGCAGCCGGUGCAAAAACCAGAGAGGAGUCCACACCAAGAAGCUUCGUCACCGAAUCCCCAAAGCCUGGCGCUCCGACCACACCCCACUACAAGCUGAAGUACAGAUCCUUCAUCGACCUGCAGGACUUCAGAUGUUCCCGGGACUCCGCCCAGAGCCCCAGGCCUGGAGAGAUCGUGGUCACUGUGGACAUGCCCCUUCUAAAGUCGGCCAAAGACACAAGCCUGGAGGUCCUGGGGAAGACCCUCAGGGUGGAGUGCAAGAGGCCGGCCUACAGGCUUGAGCUCCCCCUAGCGUACCCCGUGGACGAGGACAGGGGAGGGGCCAAGUUCAACACACAGAACGGGCAGCUCACCAUCACCCUGCCUGUUUCUCCUCUGGUCCAGACGGUUGACCUCAGCUUUGGGCCCCGCAUGACGGAAGCGACACAAAAUGGGGAAAUUCAGAACAGAACGAGUGAGAUGGAUGAACAGGAGGAACUGGAAAAGGAAGAAACGGAGCAGAAGAGUGAGGGUUCAGAGGGCCAACGGGAGAGGGGGGUUGGACCUGAGCGGGAGAGCGCUGACGCCAGAGAGGUUGGGGGCUGUGAUGCUGAAGAGCAGGCAGGAAGCCCACGCAGAAAGGACGUUCCUACCACGCAUGUUGCCUCCUACACUGAAGACGACCCCAGUGAGACUGCUGAUAACAGGAACGGGGUUCCACCUCAUACCCAAAAGAGCUUCAAAGUCCUAGAAGACAACACAGGCGAAAACAGCGGAACCUCAGAAAGCAGCUUCCACUCAAGGAACAGCAAAAGAACCGAAACGGACGAAGAGACAGGGACACCGGAAGACAUGAGGAUACAGACGGGGACACUCACAGGAACACAGAGAGAAAUGGUGACGCAGGGAGACACUGGGACAGAGGGAGACACUGGGAUAGAGAGAGACACAGGGACCAAGGGAGACACAGGGACCUGUGCAGAGAAGGAACAUCUGCAAGGCACUUCAAGUACUGGGUACACAGCGCCUCAGCUUGUAUCCGAUGGCAAGUCCACCAGCAGUGAAGCCACAGGAUCGUCCGAGUUACUGAACUCUGAAGACAGGAACCACCAGAUGAGCCCCAAUGUUCCUACAGCGAGCGCAGAGGAUCAGUUAAAGAAGGACGAUUCAGCGGACACUGUCCCGGUCGGUCCGGUGAGCACCACAGAGGAAGAGGAGCAUCAGGAGGAUUCAGCGGACGCUGUCCCGGUCGGUCUGGUGAGCGCCACAGAGGAAGAGGAGCAUCAGGAGGACUCAGCGGACGCUGUCCCGGUCGGUCCGGUGAGCGCCACAGAGGAAGAGGAGCAUCAGGAGGACUCAGCGGACGCUGUCCCGGUCGGUCCGGCGAGCGCCACAGAGGAAGAGGAGCAUCCGGAGGAUUCCCCACCAGGGCAGAACGGGUCAGAGCCUGUAUUCUCUAGAAAGCCUCCACAGCCUUUGUUGAGGGAAAUGGAUGAGAGCGGACAGGAGACCAUCAUCAGUGAUCACGCCACGUCCGCUGGCCUAAGCUUCCACAACUCCCUUCUGUAUGAACUGGACUAAAUGACGAGCUUUGAGGUGAUCUAAUUAGCAGAAAUGCCAUUAAAGCACAUAGCUGUCCUUGGUAAUGACAAGGGAUGAAUCCCAUGAUGGAAGAAUAUUCCAUAUCUUGUAUGUGAUAUUUAAUGUCUCACAUCCUGUAGUGACAAAAAAAGUAAUUGCUUGAUUGAUUGAUUUUUGUUUAGAACGAAUGAAUAAAUAUCUUGA